UGCUUUGGUGGGGACAGAGGAGUAGAGUGGGGCCAGUGGGUCAAUUGAUGUGGAAGGCUAACGGCUAAUCAAACCAAACACAGCUCAUCCAGCGGUGGUGCCCACAGUCAAUAGCUGUGCGCCCACGCAACACACCAAGCAUUUUUAUCCUGUCUUUCUUUUUUUCUUUCCAAUUCCAACCCUUUCUCAUGUUUGCCGUGACAGAUGACUCCCACCAUUUCUGGUUAAUUCGUUUCUCUCUCCCUCUCCCCCUUCCUCCUCUACGUAUAGAUUAUAUAUUCAAAUCUCUCAUCCCUCUCUCCUCCAAGGCCAGAACCAGAAUCCAUUCGUUUUCUCGCCUUUUCUUCUUCUCUUUUAUGCUUCUGAGAAGGAAAAAAAAGGGAUCAAAACGGACAAAAUGCUAAGUUUUUGCAAGAAGACUGUUCACUCUUUUCUGAACUUCUCUUCUCUUUCCGAAGGGGAACCGAGUAGAGACUUCCCAACCCACAGCCGAAGCCUCUCGUUAUCGGCCGGCGCUCUCCGACUUUUACCCGGCAUGGUGGGAAAUCCGAAACCCACGGCCACCCCUGCCCAAGGCAAUGAAAAGUUUGCCGAUAUAAAUGGAGGUGUGGGUGGGUUCACGCCAUUCACGGAGAGUCUACGGUUCGAGAGCUUGGACGAAAGAGGAAGAAUGGACGACGAGGAGAAUGAUAUAAGGGAGCCUCCCAUGUCUUAUUCGACGUCGUCGUCCACACGGUUGAGGCGGAGGGAUAUGAAAUUCCCGCCACCGUUGACGUCGUUGGACGACAACGGCCACCCCACCUUCUUUCUCAAGCCGGUGAGGAAUAAUGGGAGGUUGGAGUUCACCAUGGUCAGGAUCGAUAGUCCCCAUAUUCUCAGAGCUACCCGCCAGGAUGGUCGGUUGAUAUUGCAUCAAAUCAAAUCAGAACCCAUCAGACAAGAAGAGGAGGUCCAGGUAAAAGAACAGGAACAGGAGAAUGUAUUAACCAUCGACCAGGAGGAGAAAGAAGAAGAAGACAAAGAAAAGGAGUUGUCUCGAGAAAUGGAAGAGGAGGAGGUACAACUCCAAGUAGGGGAGCGGAAACAAGCAAAUGUAUUAUUACCCAGACACAGACACGAGGAGAAGGAAGAACAAGAACAAAAACAAGACAUGAAGGAGAUUCAAAGAGAAAAAGGAGGGGAGAGUGGGAGAAUUGAGCUUCGGCAAUGGAGGUUUCCGUUCACGAGCGGAGACGGUUUCCUGCGGUGCAACGAAGAGAGUAGCUACCAUCAGCAUCACCACCAUCAGGUGCGGCCACUCUGGAGCCACCACUGUGUCACAACCAUGUGAUUUGAAGCAAUGCAAGAGGCAACCAUCAAUCGAAUUACCUUUCUGCUAAAUUCAGCGGGAAAAAAAAAAAAAAAACAAGGAAAACCAUGAGUCCAUGAGGCCUCCGCUGAAAUUGAACAGAGUUGACCAAUUGCUAAAGGUGCUAGAAUUCGAAUAGAUCUGUUGUUUUGGCCUGUUGGGUGGGUGGUCGCGUCACUCCCCGAAAAGUGACAACCAGGAGACAAAACAGCUGCAGUUCGUUAAUGUCACAGAAAUUACCCUCCAAGGAAUUACUAUUUCCUAGAGGGGUUGAGCUGGUGCCUGUCUGCCUCUGCAUGGUCUUGUCUCUUCUGUGAGUCGUGAUCCUUUCCCACUCUUUCUCCUGAAAAGAAAUUGAGUUUUAUUUGUACAAUUUGUACAGAGUAAAUACUGUCUGUUCUCCAUGAUCUUGUAUAUAAUCAAUCAGCAGAUAGUAGACGUGAAGGAAUUAAUUGUUCUUGCCAAAAUCAGUAACAGAAGGAAAACUUGGACAUUUCACAAUAGACAAAUAAAGUCACCUCAUCUCAUUGCAAUCGUCUGACAUAAAUUGCACUGAAUUUAAGACCCUGACACAAAUCUCAACAUCUUACGC